AGUCUUAAUGGCGGAGGAAGUUUGCUAUUCUAAUGUAAUAGUUUCUAAAAGUCGCAGUCCUGGACUAUCCGUGAAACAGGAUGAGGUGACCUAUGCAGAGGUGAAGAUGGCAAGAUCUCCAACAGCCCAGACAGCACCUCAUCCUGGAGCACCAGGUCUCUCUGGGUUAGUGAAACAGGAUGAAGCAACCUAUGAAGAGGUGAAGAUGGGAAGAUCUCCCUCAGCCCAGAUAGCACCUCCUCCCAGACCACCAGUGAAAGCUCCACCCAUCCCUCUUCCCUAUAGACUGGCUGCAGUGUGUCUGGGGUUCCUUUGUCCUGUCUUAGUGAUUGUCGUCAUAGCCCUGUUUUUCUCCUAUAAUGGUGAGCUGAAGGGCCAGGAUCAAUUGAGAAUGAACUACAGCAAUCUGACUGCACCCAAAGACAAGUUACAGGAGGACAUCAGGAACCUGACUGGAGCCAAUGAAAGGUUACUAAAGGAUUUCAGGAACCUGACUGCAGCCCAUGACAAGCUACAGGUGGACUAUAGAAACCUGUCUGCAGGCUACAGCAACCUGAUUGUAGUCAAAGAGGAGCUGCAGAAAGACACAAGAAAACUCUGGUCUGUGAUCACUGAGCUGAGAAGGCACUUUCCUGUGGAUCAGUACUGCUCUAUCACAGACCAAAAAACACUGGUGAAAGAGUGUAGACCUUGUCCUUGGGGCUGGGAGCUCUUCAGCCACAAGUGUUACUACUUCUCUACUGAUAAACUGAACUGGAAUGACAGUCGUACUGCCUGCAGGAAGCAGGGAGCUGACCUGGUGGCUAUAGACAGCAGAGGGGAACAGGAGUUUGUCACAAAACACAUGAAAAGACGGGAAUACUGGAUGGGACUGAGUGAUGCAGCUGGAAAGGGGACCUGGAUCUGGGUGGACGGCACUCAACCCAUUGAAUGGUACUGGAUCCAAAAUCAGCCUGGUAAUUUCCAAAACAAUACGGCCUGUUUGGCUUCUGCUGAUAAGGCAAUCGGCCUGAAGAACUGGAACGAUCAGGACUGUAGUAAGAAAAAGUCCAGGAUCUGUGAAGGCAGCUCCCUGCCCCUGUCUCCUUAGACUCUCCGCUGUGUGCAGCCACUGCAGGAUCCCAUGGUGACGACUACAGCUGUGUGACCUUGAUAUAUGAUAUAUAAAAAUUCCCUGAAAAAAGCAAAAUGUGGGCUGAGCAUGCGGAGAGGGGCUAAUUCAUGUCUUGCUUGAUUGUGAUAGACUGACCAUCACAUGUUUCUAGGCUGUGCCUUAUGUACAGAGAAAGGAUUAUGGGGC